GACUGUUUUCAAGCUUGUUUUCUGGGUUGUUAAACGGACACAAUGGAUACAAGGCAGGUUGCCGAGCGAGUCAGAUGAGACACUGUAGACAGCAGCCGGCACAGGGUCUGCCGGGGAAGUUUCAAUGUUAGCCAGACGGUGAUGUUCGCCUUGGGAUGCCAUGGGGCCGAGGAGUGGGCAUCGAGCAAGACUUCCCUUGAACCAGCUCUGGAGCAAUGCCCUUGCGAUUGACGAGAGGAACAGGGCCAGCUGGGGGCCAAGGUGACAGCUGAGCCCCCCAAGGGCGCCUGCUACCCGAGCCCCCGAGGCCUCCAUCCCAGGCCCGGCCUCCCCAGAGAAGGGGCCAGAGGAACAGCCAAAUCCCAAGGCUAUAAAUACCUCGGCUGGCGUCGGCCCUGGCCGUGGAAUGUCGUGAAAGAAUUCUUAGCCAAAGCCAAAGAAGAUUUUCUUAAAAAAUGGGAAAGUCCCGCUCAGAACACAGCCCACUUGGAUCAGUUUGAACGAAUCAAGACCCUCGGCACAGGCUCCUUCGGGCGGGUGAUGCUGGUGAAACACAAGGAGACCGGGAACCACUAUGCCAUGAAGAUCCUCGACAAACAGAAGGUGGUGAAGCUGAAACAGAUCGAACAUACCCUGAAUGAAAAGCGCAUCCUGCAAGCCGUCAACUUUCCGUUCCUCGUCAAACUCGAGUUCUCCUUCAAGGACAACUCAAACUUAUACAUGGUCAUGGAAUACGUGCCCGGUGGGGAGAUGUUCUCACACCUACGGCGGAUUGGAAGGUUCAGCGAGCCCCAUGCCCGUUUCUAUGCGGCCCAGAUCGUUCUGACCUUCGAGUAUCUGCACUCGCUGGAUCUCAUCUACAGGGACCUGAAGCCGGAGAAUCUGCUCAUUGACCAGCAGGGAUACAUUCAGGUGACAGACUUCGGUUUCGCCAAGCGCGUGAAGGGCCGCACUUGGACCUUGUGCGGCACCCCUGAGUAUCUGGCCCCUGAGAUUAUCCUGAGCAAAGGCUACAACAAGGCCGUGGACUGGUGGGCCCUGGGGGUUCUUAUCUAUGAAAUGGCCGCUGGCUACCCGCCCUUCUUCGCAGACCAGCCCAUCCAGAUCUAUGAGAAGAUCGUCUCUGGGAAGGUGAGGUCCGGCUGCGGGGACACAGCCCUGGAAGAAACAGACCCUUCCCUGCUCACCCGUCCUACUCCCUGGGGAGCCCUGCUUGUUGUCAGAAUGAUCUAGAAGUUCCUUAAGUCAGGCCAGGUGGUGAAGCUGGACGCACCGGCCACACUGAGGCCAACACCUCGAGCCCCCCUUGCUGUCCAGCCCCAACCCCACGUUCCAGAAUCCCAAGGGCUUCCAAAACCCCAAGCCUCACAGGAACUUAUUGGCCGCAGAACACAAACCGCCCUGCCAGGCAACCCUCCUUGUCACUCCUUGUCCCAGUUAGUGUGAGUUUUCACAAAUUCCAAGGCAGAAAAACCAGUGUAUUUGGUUCCUGUUCCCAGGUGCUGUCCGCAGCCUCGCCAAGGAGUGCUGUCACUUAGCGUUUACAGCCCAUGCUUCCUCUCCCAAACCCAGACUUGCCUAACUGAGGGUUCGGAUGAGGGGUGCUGAAACCAUCUCAGCUCACAUCUAUGACAGGUGCAAAGUGCCCGCCGUCCACCAGGCCCUAGAAUCCCCCCAUCAGUCACACCCUGAGAUGGUGGCACCCUCUGCAGGAGAGGUGAGGAAACAGGCUGGGAAAAGGGAUGUGUCUUGGCCAAGAUCACACUUUGGUGAGUAG